UAGAGCGCUGCUGCCCCCGAGAGGGGGAGAGGGACGCGUGACAUUGGGGCUACUCGUGCGCUAUCUUUGCGCGGGAUUUGGGGCUACAGACGGCGGGAGAGGAAGUUGGCGCCACACAAGAUGGCGUCUUACUUCGACGAACAUAAUGUGGAGCCGCCGCCCCAACACAGCGGCCUCCUGCAGCUCGCGAGGACUUUGCUGUCGGGAAUGGACGUGGACCUCGGCUCAGCGGACCUGUCCGACUGGGACCAUCGCUUACCGCCUCCCGCGAAAAAGGACAUCGUUCAGAACCUGCCCAGCAUCGCCGUGUCUCCAGCACAGGCAGACAGAGGCCUGAAGUGUCCGGUUUGUCUGCUGGAGUUCGAGGAAGAGGAGACAGUGAAGCGAAUGCCUUGUGAGCACUGCUUCCACUCGGGGUGUAUCGUUCCCUGGCUGGGAAAGACUAAUUCCUGCCCUCUGUGUCGGAUGGAGUUACCCACAGACAGUGAGGAAUACGAGGAAUAUAAACGGGAUAAGGAGAGGAGAAAGCAAAAACAGCAUCGACUGGAGAACCUGCACGAUGCCAUGUACACGUGAUCGACUGAGGGCGCCAGGAGAUUGCAGCUGGUUUACAGUGAGCCCGGAACACUCCCUACAUGGUCUGUUCUUCCUCAGUCUCGCCCCCCCCCACCCUCCUCCCUUCUCCUGCUCUCCCCCCUCCAAAUAAAGACUAAAACUCAGACAUUCCAGAGCAGGAGAAAAGCUGCUGUUUGUAGAGGAUUCCUUGUCCUGGGAUCAGCGGUUGCUGCUGUUCUAAGUCACUAAUGGAUUUUAUUCAACGCUUUCAGAAUUAAACGCAUCUGUGUAAUCACCUGAAA